AUGUGUGGGAUUCUAGCUGUCCUAGGCUGCGUCGCUAACUCCCAAGCCACACGUUCUCGUAUCGUCAAACUCUCUCGCAGAUUGAGGCAUAGAGGUCCUGAUUGGAGUGGGCUUCAUUGUUAUGAGGAUUGUUAUUUGGGUCAUGAGCGUUUGGCCAUCAUUGACCCUAUCUCUGGAGACUAA